CUUCAUUUUAUGCCGUCUGAUUACGCGAGCAAAUCGCAGACUCUUUUCCAAAUGAGUUCACCUUAGCACAAUUAAGUUUGAUUCCUGCGUCGCCUCGUCUUUUAAACAGUUCCCUCCACGGCAACCAUGAACGGCUCGCUGCACUCGAACACAGUGGACAUAAAACUCAAGCGAGGGCCUGCAGGUCUGGGCUUCAACAUUGUGGGCGGCGUGGACCAGCAAUACGUCGUCAACGAUUGCGGCAUCUACGUGUCCAAAAUCAAGGAGGAUGGUGCAGCGGCGUUGGACGGCAGGCUUCAAGAGGGCGACCGCAUCCUGGCGAUCAAUGGUGUCAAGCUGGAGGAUCAGACGCACAAAGCUGCAGUGGAUUUAUUCCGGACAGCAGGGGAGGACGUGGAGCUGCGCGUUCUGAAAAAGUCAUCCCAUCAUAUAAACGGGCCGUCCGAUACUCAAGCCGAUCAUGCGCCCUCGGCACCUUAUCUGGGGAUACUUGCUGUGCUAACGGGAGCCGCCGUUGCCAUCUUUGCAUUCAUUUACAUCCGUAACAACCGAAGACCGUUUUAACAUAACAUGCUAUUGUUUUUUUCAUUUUUAGGAUCAAACAUUGAGGCCAAAGAAGGGAGUGAUUUUUUUUUUUUUUUUCUUCCAAAUGACACUAAAGCAUUUCUCGUCACAGAGAUAAUAGUCCUGGCACAACUUUGUGGGCUGUAUCUUCAUAACAUGGUUGCCCUUAAGGGGGGAAAAAAAGCUAGUCAGCGCCGCCAUCCUUUUGUUAUGGCCGAACGUCAGUCCAAUCGAACCUUCUCAUGACACGCUUGCAUUUUUUGUUGCACUUUGUCACGGCCAAAUAUGCACAGAAUUCUGGCCUGAAAAGUAUAAGGCAGGCAGAAUAACCCACCAAUCAACGUUUAAAAAUUCAUUCAUCAAUCCCAUCUUGACGCAAUGGCAUUUGGAACAGAAAGUGCAUUACUGGUUUCCGACCCGCAGAGGGCGCUGUAGAUGCACUUUCAACGAGUUUGCGCGUUAGACCAAAACAAUGCUGGGUAUGGGGAUUUGAGUUACGUACUCCCCGUUAUGUCACAACUCAACUCACCUCGAGAAAAAAAAAAACAUUUCAUGUAAAAAUAAAUUGAUCAAAGAAAUUUAGUUGAAUGGUCAUCGCUACUAAAAAUGCCAUUGUAGAUGCCAUCAAUUGCACUGGAUCAAUCAUUUAGCUUGUGUGUUCAAGAAUGUUCUCAUUUUUCACACUAGUCCUAGAUCUAAUUCAUCUUUUAAUAUGUCGAUUAUAUAUAAUAUAUAAGUAGAAACCAUAUUUUUGGUUAUGUCAGAAAUUCCCACGCAUAAUGAAGAGUUAAAGCUCGAAAUUUAUUUUUAUACAGAUAUAUAGUUUGAUAGAUCAUUUUGAAAUCACGCACCAAGGAUCAACCAAAUUUCUCUCUCGCCCUGUUGUCGUUAUUCUUACCAGAAAUUAAAACACAAAGUACAUAGGGUGGAAGUCAAAUCAAGUUUAUUGUGCUGUGCAAUUAAGUAUUUGCUAUAUUUGUUUUUGUAUGUCCAUCGCCAUUUUCGAACUCACAUGAACUACAUUCCCAUUUACCGUGCACAGAGGCGUGAGUAGUUCUGUAGCUAUAAGAGAGAAGGUUUCGGGGCAUUCAAUAGUUUAUUUUUGCACUAGCCAAAAUUAUGGAGCAUCUCUAGUCGGAAAGAGUCGUGCGCGCUUGUUGGAAAGUGUGUUGUCUUGUAAAUACAUUUCAUGUCACUCUGCUGCUGAUUGUGAAUACUGUGCACUGUAUGCCAGAAGAGGAAAUAAACAUUUCAUGUUUUACAUCGGA